AUGGGUGUCCUCGCCGAUAUUUCUGGGCCGAUCGCCAACUUCACGGCCAACUCGUCCACUCCUGUCACUGUAGCCACCGGUUUCGCAGCCUUUCUCGUCCUAGCCGUCGUCCUCAACGUUCUGCAGCAGUUGUUGCUCAAGAACCCCAAUGAGCCGCCAGUCGUUUUCCACUUGUUCCCCGUGAUUGGUAGCACAGUCACGUAUGGCAUGGACCCAUACAAGUUCUUCUUCGCUCAGCGAGAGAAGUACGGCGAUGUGUUCACCUUCAUUCUCCUCGGCCGCAAGAUGACUGUUUGCCUCGAUACCAAGGGCAACAACUUCAUCCUCAACGGAAAGCUCAAGGACGUCAACGCCGAGGAGAUCUACAGCCCCCUUACAACUCCCGUCUUCGGCAAGGAUGUCGUCUACGACUGUCCCAACUCGAAGUUGAUGGAGCAGAAGAAGUUCGUCAAGUUCGGUCUUACCCAAGAUGCGCUCCGUUCCUACGUUACCGUCAUCACCGAAGAAACCGAGAACUUCAUUAAGCGCCACAAGGUCUUUCAGGGCAAGAAGGGAACUUUCGACGUGACCAAGGUCAUGGCUGAACUCACAAUCUACACUGCUUCCCGCUCCCUUCAGGGUCAAGAGAUCCGCAACUCUUUCGAUUCCAAGUUCGCCGAGCUGUACCACGAUCUCGACAUGGGUUUCUCACCCGUCAACUUCAUGCUUUCCUGGGCACCUCUUCCCCACAACCGUGCGCGUGAUAACGCACGUGAGACUAUGAUCAAGCUGUACUCGGACAUCGUUCGCAGGCGCAGGAACGGUCAGGCAGAGAGGAAAGAGGGUGAGCACGAUAUGAUCUGGCAUUUGUUGGAUUGCAAGUACAAGGAUGGCACACAGAUCCCCGAACACGAGAUCGCUGGUAUCAUGAUUGCUCUCCUCAUGGCUGGUCAGCACUCUUCGUCUUCCACCAUUGCCUGGAUCCUUCUACGUCUGGCCCAAAACCCUGGACUCGUGGAGGAACUUCUUGCUGAGCAGAUAUCUGCUUUUGGACCGGAACUCCCAGCCCUCACUUACGAAGACCUCCCGAAGCUGUCUCUGCACGCUCAGGUUGUCAAGGAAACUCUCCGAAUUCACGCCCCCAUCCACUCCAUCAUGCGCAAGGUCAAGCAGCCUCUUGUCGCAGAUGGUACCAACUACGUCAUUCCUACCUCGCAUACACUCAUGUCUUCGCCUGGAUUCUCCGCACAGCUCGACUCUCACUUCGUCAACCCCCAGGUUUGGGACCCUCACCGCUGGGACGCGAACCAGCACAACUACGAAGAGCCCGAGGCCAGUGCUGAGGACACCAUCGACUACGGUUGGGGUGUCAUCUCCAAGGGCACCAACUCGCCAUACUUGCCCUUCGGCGCCGGACGUCAUAGGUGUAUUGGUGAGCAGUUCGCGUACCUGCAGCUUCAGACGAUUCUCGUCGCUUUUGUCCGAGAGUUCAAGCUCAGGAACGUGGGCGGCAGCAAGGAGAUUGUUGGCACCGAUUACUCGAGUCUUUUCUCCCGGCCGUUGGCUCCUGGCACUGUUGAGUGGGAGAGGAGAAAUUAA